UGGAGCUAAACGCUGCAGGACACCGGCCCUCCAGGACCGAGUUUGGACAGCCCUGUUCUAGAGCCUCGAAAUUUUAAUUUAGCAUAACAAGAAGAUUUCCUUGGUUUGCCUGUAAUGAAUUAGUUUGAUUAAACGAUUCUCUAACCCACACAACUUGUCGCCAUCUACUGUGCUGCGCUUGUUGAGAGCGGAUUGUAAACACACGGCUAUGGCUGCUGAGAGGGGCGGAGGCGACAACAACCUUAACGACGAAAUGGGCAACCAACUACAACUCCUGCCAGAAAAUGAAGAGGAAGAAGAGGAUGACAUGGAGACUGAGGAUCGAGAUGGUGAGGAUGCAGAAAAGCCAAGUAUUAUAAACUUUGACACGAGUCUACCAACUUCACACGCUUAUCUGGGCUCAGACAUGGAGGAGUUUCAUGGCCGUACCCUGCAUGAUGAGGACAGUGUGCAGAAUCUGCCAGUUCUUCCCCACGUCACACUCAUUCUGAUCCCAGGUCAGACGCUACCCUUGCAGCUUUUCCGACCACAGGAGGUCAGCAUGUUUCGCAACCUCAUAAGCCAAGACCGCACGUUUGCAGUGCUUGCACACAGUCCUGAUGCGAGUGGAGUGGAGAUAAAAGCAGAGUUUGGGACGACUGCAGAGAUCUAUGCUUUUCGUGAAGAACAGGAGUACGGCAUAGAGACCGUGAAGAUCAAAGCUGUUGGACGCCAGCGCUUCAGAGUGCAUGAAAUACGCACACAAGCAGAUGGGAUUCGUCAGGCAAAAGUACAGAUUUUACCUGAGAGGAUUCUGCCAGACCCUUUAUGUGCACUGCAAUACCUGCCCCGCUUACAAACACAAACACCACAGAUCAAACGCUCACAAUCAACAUCACCGCAGGACCGGUGCAGCCAGAUCUGUAGACAGAAGAAGAUUCAUUGUGCUAGUAUGACCUCAUGGCCUCCUUGGGUGUAUGCCUUAUAUGACUCUAAAACUCUCAUGAGCAGAGUAAAGAAACAACUCCAUGAAUGGGAUGAAAACCUCAAAGACGAGUCCCUGCCUACGAAUCCCACAGAUUUCUCAUACAGGGUGGCCGCGUGCCUACCAAUAGAUGAUGCUCUGCGACUGCAGCUACUGAAGAUUGGCAGUGCCAUCCAGAGACUGCGUUGUGAGUUGGACAUCAUGGACAGGUGCACCUCUCUCUGCUGUAAACAGUGCCAGGAUACAGAGAUAACUAGCAAGAAUGAGAUCUUCAGUCUAUCUCUGUAUGGGCCAAUGGCAGCAUAUGUGAAUCCACAUGGUUAUGUUCACGAGACGCUUACAGUCUACAAGGCCAACAACCUCAACCUGAUUGGACGACCUUCCACACUGCAUAGUUGGUUUCCAGGGUAUGCGUGGACAAUUGCUCAGUGCAGAACCUGUGGCUCUCAUAUGGGCUGGAAGUUCUCAGCAGUAAAAAAAGAUCUGAGUCCACCUCGUUUCUGGGGUUUGACUCGUUCUGCCCUCUUACCGACAAUCCCACAGGGCGAGGAGGGUGUCGAGGGGUCACGCUUGCUGUGCCUGUAAUGUGAUCUGAGCAUUACUUGUGACCUUUAACCCUAAAGCCCACAAGCAUAUGCUCCCCCAGGGGUCUCUUCUGUCACCCCAAAACCUCACCCAGAGAGAGAGAGAGAAAGUGUGUUUGUGAGUUUAUAUGUGUAGAUGUGUGCAUGAACAGGGAGAGGAAAGAAAAGGGGACAGGGUAGCAUAAGAUACAGGAGUAGAAAGAACAACAGAAUGCAAGUUGUUGCCUUCACACACCUCGUGCUGUGUAAAUAACAGCCUGAUACGUGCAAUAUCAUACCAGAUGGGCUCUUUAAGAUAUUACAGUCUGUUGUAAUGCACUUAAUUUACCAUCCAUCAUUUCUUCAUUAUUACUGCCUAGAUAACAGUUAAGCAAGGUGUUAUCUUGUUUGGAUGUUUAUGAGUAUUGUGUUCAAAUAGGGUCAAAUCUCUAACACCAAAGUGUGAUGAUCUCAUUUAGUCUGACAGAAAGUUUUUUCAUGCCUACUUUUAGCAACAUAAUCAACGAUCAUGUAGAAUACCUCAACCAGUUAAAUGCUCUUGGACAUCUUCUUCAAAACAAGAUCUAAACUCCUUGAAUUAAAUCAUUUCCCAUAUGCUAUGUCCCAUGUGCUUGUGUCGGGUACAUUUGGCACACAACUCCUGGCUAAAAUGGUCAGUUGGUGAAUAAUAAAGGAAAUAUCAGGGAGUUACCUUUUAUGUUAUUUAGACUCAAUAUCCAGAGCAAUUCUCGAAGGGUGUUUUGUAUUUCUCAAGUUUCUGUUUUGCUUCAUCCUUUAUAUUUGUUUUAUUUGGAUACCAUUUAAUUGAAUGAUGAUAUGAUGUAUAUGUCGAGUUGAGAGCCAAAAAUCUGUAUCCAGAACGGAAUUGGUAUGCCGAGAAACUACAGUCUGCAUUGAGAAACUUCCUAAAAUAUAAAGAUUCUGUUCACAUGUUCAUUAAAUGGAGUGCAAAAAACGGUUUACACAGAAAAUCAGCACACAAAAAUGCUCAUUCUUAGUUAUACACAUAGCUGUAAUAAGAAAACAAACAUGAUACACACUGACUUGCAUAUCUGUAAUGUUCAAGAGAUUAAAUACUGUUCAGUACUGAUACAUUCUCGCCAAUAAACCGCUUCUGA